CCUUUCUGUCCUGGGUCACCCUUAUUUGUGCUGUUAUGGUCGACCUGUGAAUAUGGCUGCCGCUGCAGCUGGUGCUGUAAACAGGCACUGCGCAGCAGGCAGAAUGGAGGGCCCUGGGAGGCACAGCAGGACAGGGCACGGGGGCACCGUAAAGGUCCUGGAGUGUGGAGUUUGUGAAGACGUAUUUUCAUUACAAGGAGAUAAAGUACCUCGUUUACUUUUGUGUGGACACACUGUCUGCCAUGAUUGUCUGACUCGCCUUCCCCUUCAUGGCAGAGCAAUCCGAUGUCCAUUUGACCGCCAAGUUACUGAAUUAGGGGAUUCUGGUGUGUGGGGCUUAAAGAAAAACUUUGCUUUAUUGGAACUACUUGAGCGGCUACAGAAUGGAGCCAGUGGUCAGUGGGGAACCACAGAAGAAGCAGUUGGAGCAUCUGGAGAGAGCAUUGUGCGCUGUGAUGAAGAUGAAGCCCACGUAGCCUCCGUUUACUGCACAGUGUGUGCGACCCAUCUCUGUGCUGACUGCUCCAUUCACACCCAUUCAACAAAGACUUUGGCCAAACACCGACGUGUCCCUUUAGCUGACAAACCUUAUGAGAAAACACUGUGCUCCCAACACCAAGUCCACGCUAUAGAGUUUGUCUGCUUAGAAGAUGGAUGUCAUACAAGCCCACUGAUGUGCUGUGUCUGCAAGGAGUAUGGGAAACACCAAGGACACAAACAUGCAGUUCUAGAAAGUGAAGCAAGCCAGAUCCGUGCAUCCAUUUUGGACAUGGCACACUGUAUAAGAAGCUUCACUGAGGAGAUAUCGGACUAUUCAAGGAAGCUAACUGGCAUUGUCCAACAGAUCGAAGGAGGAGAGCAAAUUGUAGAAGAUGGCAUUGGAAUGGCUCACACUGAACAUGUCCCAGGCACUGCAGAGAAUGCACGGUCGUGUGUACGAGCAUACUUUUCAGAUCUACAUGAAACCCUUUGUCGUCAAGAAGAAAUGGCCCUUAGCGUAGUUGAUGCACAUGUGAGAGAACAACUUAUCUGGCUCCGUCAGCAGCAAGAGAAUAUGACUAUCCUUUUAUCUGAAGUGUCAACGGCGUGCCUCCAUUGUGAGAAAGCUUUGCAGCAGGAUGACUGUAGAGUAGUGCUGGCCAAGCAAGAGAUCACACGCCUGCUGGAGACGCUACAGAAACAGCAGCAGCAGUUUACUGAACUUGCAGAUCAUAUACAGCUGGAUGCGAGUAUUCCUGUUACAUUUACAAAGGAUAAUAGAGUUCACAUUGGUCCAAAAAUGGAGAUACGGGUUGUCACACUGGGGUUGGAUGGAGCAGGAAAAACAACUAUUUUGUUUAAGUUGAAACAAGAUGAGUUUAUGCAACCGAUCCCUACAAUAGGUUUUAAUGUUGAAACUGUUGAAUACAAAAACUUAAAGUUUACAAUAUGGGAUGUUGGAGGCAAACACAAGCUAAGGCCCCUGUGGAAACAUUAUUAUCUCAAUACACAAGCUGUAGUAUAUGUAAUAGAUAGCAGUCACCGGGACCGAGUCACUGAAGCUCACAGUGAACUUGCAAAGCUACUCACUGAAAAGGAACUGCGCGAUGCCUUGCUGCUAAUAUUUGCCAAUAAACAGGAUGUUGCUGGGGCCCUUUCAGUGGAAGAGAUGACCGAGCUACUGAGUCUUCACAAACUGUGCUGUGGCCGCAGUUGGUACAUACAAGGCUGUGAUGCCAGGAGUGGUAUGGGCCUGUAUGACGGCCUUGACUGGCUGUCAAGACAGUUGGUGGCAGCCGGUGUGCUAGAUGUGGCGUAAACUUAACCAGAAUGUGCAUUCAAUGUGUCAGCGGUGACCUUGUAUACGUCUGUAACUGGUACUUGCAUGUAACUGUACUCAACAGCAGCAAAAAAAUCCUUAAUAUCACUGUUCAGUAGUUAGUGCAAGAGAUUGCUACUGUUAGUUAGCAGUAUUGUGAAGUCUGACUGUGAAGGUUGCAUAUAAACACUUUGGCUAAAUAUUUGCUCAUAUUUAAUAUAGAACAGUCUAAUGUUUACACAACAGUCAUAGUAUUAAGUUAAUUCAUUACAGAAUGUUGCUGAUCAAAUUCCAUCUGGUCACAGUAUAUAGAAUUAAAACCUUAAAAUACAACUGCAUUGGCAUCCAUGGGAACCUUUCGUUACAUACACUGCAGUCCUUUUUUUUUUUUAUUACAUAGUGCAAUGCAAGUUGUCCAUAAAUGAGUUAUUCGUAUAUGUAAAUGAAAUGAUAUUCAGUUCAUAUUGGCGUGCCAGAUGAUUGCAUAAUCUAAAGCUUUGUGUAUGCUUUUCAUAUGGAUUUGACAACUGUGUUGUAUUUUGUCCAGCCAAUCAGGAACUGUGCUGUGGUACUCAGUUCAUUGCAGGCAGUGGUGUGGGAGGGCAAGUCCCUUGUUAUACAAUGAGAAUGGAGCAGGGGGAGGGAACAGUUCUUUUUGGAGAAAUUUCUAUGAUAAAAAAAAUCCCCUUUUUUCCUGCACAAACAGCAGUUUUUCAAUGUCUUAAAACAUGCUCUUCUAAAUUCAAGCUAGAAAUAGCACACUUCACCAUCCCUUUAAACACAAACAUUGUAGAGCAAACUAUUAUGUAACAAGUUUUCAAUAUACUUUCAUUAAAACUACUGCUGAGCCAUUUUUCACUCCUAGACUAGAACUGUUAACAAGUCUAUGUUGCCAUAGUGAGAAUAUAUUCAGCCUCUUGUGGGCAUGAUACAUGCACCCCCUCUAUUGCACCCACAGAUUCUUUAAAUUCUCUAUCAGCGUGCCGAUCUCAGUUGUAGUAUAUUUCAGACUUGCUAAACAGAAGAUUCUCGGACCAUAAAACUCCAGUCUUAACAAAACCAUUAAUAAAACUUGCAAAAUUUAUAUUUUAAUGCUUAAAGGGACAUAAAACAGGUUGAGACCUGUGCAUAUCCUAAAAGGGCUAAUUAAUAAAAAAAAUUGUUUGCAUAAAAAAAAUGUUUAAAAAUUGCUGGCAAGUAUUUUAAAAUAAUUGUAAAAAAUAAACAAAGUUUAUUACAUAGCUAAGCUGCCUGGAGCAGCCAACUCCACCCCAUUAUCAGUGUUUAGACACAGGCAUUGUAUUUCUACUGAGUUCACAGCUUCUAGGCAUGCUCCAGCAGUUAAUCCCUAUUCACUUUUGCAUUCUACCAAAACAACAAUAGAUAUAGAUACAGCCAUAAAAGGAAAUGUGUGGGGGGAGUUAGAGCUGUACAAUUCAGAAACUAAAAAGAAAGGGUUACUGGCGAGGCACUGCAGUAUAAAUUUGCAGGUUAUGUAAUUAAAGUACAUAUUAUAUUUUGUCUCUAUCCCAACUUGUUUUAUGUCGCUUUAAAUAUGCAUUAUUAAAGAAUAAUACAAAUAUUUUAUUUGUUUUAACUCUAAGGCCAAAGGUUAAACACACAGCUAAAGUUUCACUGGUGAUUGGCAGCUAUAUGAGUAUUCUGCUGCUAAUUUUCUCAACAGUCAUGUCCUGCUCAGGACUUUUGAUAUGUGUUUAACUCAUUUUCUGGAUUUAGACAUAGGCCUAGUUUUCAUUGCUGAUGUAAACUUAUGGUGACAUAAAACAUCUAGACUUUAAUGGAAAUACUGUUACCACACAUUUACUCAGUUUACAACAGCAUUGGAAACUAGGUUGUAGUUAAAGUAAAAUGGUCUAACUUUUUAUUUUCCAUUAGAAUGUGCCUUUAAAGUAUGUGAAUGCAAGAAUGUAUCUAAAAUACUAAACUAUGAUUUCCCAUACUGGUAGAAAGUAUGCAGUGCACCACACUAAACCCCCAGGGCCCGAUUUAUCAAGCAAGGGGGCGGACAGGGGUGUACAUAUUUGCCCCUGUCUGUCCCUGCUCUCCUCUGGCGGACAGCAAUCCGCUGCCGUAAUUUUACAUUGCCCCCUGCCCACGCACAGCCAAUUGCGCGCAGACAGGAGCUUUCAAUCUUCCCGGUCGGAUGAGACCAGGGAGACUGAAAUUCUCCACUUAAGAGGUGGAGAAGAGGUUAGGGAAGCAGCCGUCCGAUGACCGCUGCUUGAUAAAACCUGCAGUCAAAUGCUUGAUAAAUUAAGCCUACUGUAUAUCUCUGUGAAACAUGAUUAAAAACAUGUCACUUAGAAGAGAAAAUCCCAGCUGUUAGCUUGCUUCUAGGGCACUGCUUGUCAUAAAAUGUACAGGUUCCCUUCUGUAUAGAACAAUUGUAACCCUAGAAUCUUUCCCUGGCAAGUAUACUAUAAUCAGUACUAUUAAACUGUUAUCCAUUUGAAUCUUAAACUAAGUGAAAGCUGCCUAAUGCCAAUGUAAAACUAAAUGGGGCAAUACAAUAAUAUCCUAAUACUUUUUACAUAUGUGCAAUAUAUUACUAAUGUCUGCUUCUGCUCUUAGAAUGGCUCUUCUACAUGCUCCCGAUAUACAAGUAAGAAUUAGUCACUAACUAUAUAUAUAUAUAUAUAUAUAUAUAUAUAUAUAUAUAUAUAUAUAUAUAUAUAUAUAUAUAUAUAUAUAUAUUGCAUAUGGGACAGAACAGACGCAUUUAUUUUCCACUUCCUUGUCCCUUUUAAAAGGCCUUGUUUUGACUUUUGCGUAGUUACUUUAGGAUACACAGUGAUAAUUAUAAAAUUGCUACUGCAUGUUGUUCAAUAUCCUGCAGAACACUUAAAAAAGUCAGGGAAAUUGCUUGAGGUGCACGAUAAAGCUAAAUACUACCAACCUUAUAUGGCCUGCUGUGUGGUUACUGUCUUGUCCUUAUUAAACUAAUAACCCAAAGCAUAUCAGUGCAAUUAAAGAAAAUAAGAGCACAGACAAGUCAAGUUUUAAGUUGAAAGUUUUUAUCUAAUAACAUAAUAAUAGGCUGAGAAUGUGUAGAGGUAAAAUACCAUGUGUUGCUUUGUUUUAGUAUGUGUAGUAAGGGGACUAGUGAAAUACAAAACUUCACAUGCUAAAAUCAACUUGCUUUUCUGCAAUAAAAAGUAUAGUAAUUUGUACUUUUAUUAAGAGUUAACACUAGAUUAUUUAAUAUUAACUCAUAAUGUAUAAUCAUUUGAUUAUAGACUAGUUGUAGUAAGGUAAUAAUUAUUCCAUGUGAUGUAUUCCCCAGGCAAAGUACACAAUUGCUUCAUGUAAUAAAGGGAGUUUAAACACUUUAAGUUUGUAAUAUAAAAUGUUUAUUUUGCAAUAAAAAAACAUUGCUACUUUUUAUAAAUUAUUUUGCCUACAAUUUCUAUAAUUUGUUUUCCAAUUCUUCACAAGCCUAACAUUGCCACAUAUCCAUCCCUAAAUGGCUUCAGUACAGAUAAUUAGAUAAGUACUACAAAACAAUGGAGAUUUUAUUUUCGUAAUAACUGAUUUCCUUGAUCUAUACCAGUAACAAGUAGGGAUGUGCAUCCCGCAGUUUCGUUAGCAGCUGAAUGCGGAAGAAGACGCCAGUUUGCGGCAUUCUUUUCGGAUGCCGGAUUUUGUUCUUGUGAAAGUGCAAAACACGCAUCUGUAUUUGCACAGAUCUUCGCGUGGUGCACUUUCACAAGAAGAAAUCAGACUCCGAAAAGAGCCAAAUGCCGUGAGUGUUUACCUUCUCCUGCAUCCGGCAACUAACGAAACACCCUUAAUAACAAGUACAUAUUGUCUUGUCCAAAUAAAAUAAGUGGUGAGUGGAGUUUGGCUAUUGAAAAACAAGGUUAUAACGCAUUCCAAAUAUUGUUAAACUCACCCAGUAUAUUAGUUUUUUUGCAAGAGUUUAGAAAAAUCUGUUUUUAAGCCUUUCAACUUCCUGAAAUAAUGCUUAUAGAAUGAGACGUGUAAUGUUAAAAUGCUUAUGUGUCUUACAAAUGCGUUGCCUCUAAAGGUAAACAUUCUGCAGAUCUCUUGAAUUGCUUUGUGGUUCUAAACCACUUAACAGUCGAGGAAAUAACAUUGUGGUAUUGGUUUCAUAGCUUGGUGUGUUUUACAAAACUUUUUCCCAUGUAAUUAGCGUGAAGUGAUCUUUAUGUUUAAAAAAAACACAAAAUGUAGAGUUGGAGGCAAGUUACAAACUAACAUUUUUUUUUAAUAAGCUGUUUAUUAUUAUUUGUUGUUGUUUUGGGUCCUUUUUCUAUCUGAUGAUAAAGCCUAAAUCAAUUUAGUUUGAUUUCUGUUUGUGAUUGCCUUAUGUGGUUGCAUGUUCAGACCUAUUCUUGUAUUCUUCCAUUCCUAUACUCAUACUAUUUUGCAUUUUCUUUUCUUAAAUUUUUGUUUAUAUUUCUAUAAAAAAAAAAAAAGGAAAUAAAAACUGCACACACACAUUUGGUAAACCUUUAAACAUUUUUGGCUUUUCUUGACUGCAACCUAAAAAUAAACUGCUUGUUUGAACACUGUGA